AUGAGCAGACAACCAUACCGGGGAACUAGAAGACAGAGAGGUCUUAGGAUCUUUCAGGCAAAUGUAGCCAAGAUCGCCCCAACCCACGACUGCGCGCUUGCACUAGCCGACGCAGAAAAGUACGACGUGGUUCUACUGCAAGAACCAUGGACAGCAAUCAGAAACUCACGCUGUCUCACCAAGACACACCCAGCCUACGACACGUUUGCUCCUGUCAGUAGCUGGGAAGCCAACGACACCCGACCUAGGGUUAUGACAUACGUUCGACGAGACGACUCUCUUCGGGCAGACCAGCAGCGACCUGCGCCAACGCGCGACAUCCUCUGGACCACAAUUAACGACAUAAUUAUUGUCAACUUCUACCGCCAGCCUAGCACCAAUGAAGCACUCAAUAUACUCCUGUCCUGGCACAUCCCGCCUCGAUGCCUAGUGGCGGGAGACUUCAAUGCCCGGCACCAUACCUGGCAGACCGGCAACACCUUGCACGGUGGAAAAGAUGUUGCUGCUUGGGCCGAGGCAAACAAUCUGGAUCUUUUAAACACAAUUGAUGUCCCGACCAACUCCUAUGGCAACACUAUCGACCUUGCCUUUACAAACAUACCUUUAGCAGACGUCACAGUUGAGGACCAUCUUGCCACAAGCUCAGAUCACUUCACUCUUAGCAUCACGCUACCUGAAGUCUCACCCGUUCCCUUCCAACCGAAGAAGAUACGAGUGACUUCUGAAAGCGAGAUCAAGCGCUUCACAGAAUUAGUUGAGAAUGGAAUCGCGCUACUUCCUGACGAAGCUUCCACUCCGACCGAGUUGGACAACUUGGCGGACAGUCUCACCAAGCUACUGCAAUCCGCCGCCCAAGCCGCAGGACGGGUUUCCCGUAAAGGAACCAAAAAUGCGCCUUGGUGGACCGAGGACUGCGCGAAAGCACACCAGGAGUACCGAGCUACUCUACAGCUGUAUACUGCUGGCUUUGAUCACGAGAUACAGACCGCUGAACGCGACUUCCAACGCGUAGCCAAUUUCAAGCACCGCCCCUGCAAGUAG